AGGAGUGCCAGUCAAUCAUGUUGUCACAACUUGCAUUAGCCGGCGAUUUUUGCAUUUUGUCCAAACAGUGACGUUUCGAACUGUCAUUUGGCGUUCAAAAUUGUUGUGCAGCAUGCUGAAUUUUGUUUGAGUGCUUAAAACUGGUAUUUAUUGCGGGAUAAACGUGUACACUCACUUACAGAAUGGCCCAAAUGACAUAUAUUUUUGAGAUCAUCGUAACUAUUUUUUUUCUAUCGUUCCAAUCAUCUGUUACACUGAAAGAAGGUGAAUGUGAAGUUUGCGUUGGAGUUCUCAAUAAACUCGUUCAGUCCUUAAAUUCUGACGAAAAAUUGGCGAUACCAAAGAUCGAAUCCAAGUUUCAAGAAUUGUGUCUAAAUGCGAAAAAAGCAGAAAACAGAUUCUGCUAUUACGUAGGUGGUCUCAAAGAAUCAGCCACCAAAAUUGUUUCGGAAAUGUCUAAACCCUUGUCAUGGGGGCUUCCUGUUGAUAAAAUUUGCGAAAAACUAAAGAAAAAGGAUGAACAAAUCUGUGAUCUUCGCUAUGAAAAAACAAUCGAUUUAAAAACUGUUGAUCUAAAAAAAUUAAAAGUAAGAGAUUUAAAGAAAAUCCUAGCUGACUGGGAUGAAAGAUGCGAAGCUUGUGUUGAAAAAUCGGACUUCAUAAAAAGAAUAGAAGAACUAAAACCAUUGUAUAGCAAAGAGGAAUUGUAAUAAUUAGAUUGUAAAACCAUGUAAUUUAUUUUCAUAGUGCAAAAGAUCAAAACUAAUUUAUUUUCAUCAUGACACCUUAAGAUGUUGGGAAUCUUGAAGAUGGUUAACAACACAGAUCUUUAUUUGCAGUCUUCUACUUCUAUCUUUUGCAGUUACUUUUGUUUCAUUUUCGGUAGCGUAAAAUGAAGAAUGUUGAUGUAUUAUACCAUUUAUGAAUUAUUUCAGCCGUUGAUACAAGCUCCUGAAUAUGAAAGAACCUUAUUUAUUUUUAAUGGUUUAAGUAACAAUGUAUAAUCUUUCUGAAGUUGGUUAUUUUUUCCCCUUUGAUAAAUUAUUUUACGGUUGCUGUCAUCAUGCUUUGCUUUUGUUUUUAAUAUGUAUUUCCCGGAAGUUCUCUACUUAUUAGUCUAUAAGUGACCUUAAAAUUUAUAAGCAUGAUUUUUGAAGCAUAAUAUGACUCAUAUAGAAUUAGCAGAAAAUAAAAUGAA